AUGAAGAUCUCAACCUUCGUUUCUUGCUCGGCCUUGUUCAUGGCCUCCAUGGUCGCUGCUGGUGCCUAUGACGAGCCCACCAGAAUUGAUACCUGCAAAAUGCCUGGUGUCGUCGCUUAUACCUUUGAUGAUGGCCCAGGUCCUUACAACGCUGCUCUCCUUGCAACCUUGAAGGCCAAGGGUGUUGUUGCCAGUUUCUUCGUCAUUGGUGAGAUGGUUGCACAAUAUGGCGAUGCACUCCCAAAGAUUAUGGCAGAUGGUCAUCAGUUGGCCUCCCACACCUUUAACCAUCGCAACUUGGAUUCCUUGAGCGCGUCAGAGAUCCAGAAGGAGAUCUCCGAUACCUCCGAUAUCAUGUUCAAGUAUGCUAACGUUCGUCCCCGUUACAUGCGUGCACCCGAGGGUCGCUGCGACAGUGAGGUCUGCAAGCAGACCAUGAAGGAUUUGGGCUUGGUCGUCUCACACUGGAAUGCUGAUACUCAUGACUGGAAGUUCACCAAGAGCUCCGACCCCGUCACUGAUUCCAUGAAGGAGAUCAGGGACCGUAUCGGUAACUCCAACCCCGCAACAGAUUCCUUCAUCAUCCUCCAACACGAGAUCCACAAGUUCUCGGUCGAUUCCUUGACCGCUGUCCUCAUUGAUUUCGUAAAGUCAAAGGGUUACCGUUUCGUCACCAUGGAGGAAUGUAUCGGUGAGAAGUCCUACUUGGAUGGCUCUGUUGUCCCUCCAGUUGUUCCCCCAGCCACUGGCUCAUCCGUUCUCCCAACUCCUUCAGGCGUUCCCGGCGUUCCUGGCACCAACUCCACCGGAACUGCUCCCGUCCCCACCGGCACUGCCCCCGUUGUUCCCCCAGCCGCCGGUACCAGCCCCUCUGCCAGCAGCAAGCCUUCACCAUCGACUCCUGCCAACAAAGAUUCUUCUGCUGCCUUGAACAAGGCCACUGCCUGGGUCUUGGGAAUGUCCGCAGUCGUUGGCUUCUUCAUGCUCUAA